AUGACAAUGUCCGACGACGAAGACCUGGUAUACGUCCGUAAAUCCAAGACAGUCCACUAUGGAUCCCUGGAAGACAGCGAGCGCGCGCGCCUGGCAGCAGAAGCAUCGGACGACACAAAAGACCCCCCAGAGCCCGGUUCAACAGUCCCAUCAUCCGCGUCAGCUCUCCAAGGAAAUGUCCACGUGUCGAACGAGUACCUAGAGCUAGAAGAUGAAAUGUCAAAGGACAAGCAGGCCUUGCUCGAAGAAUUCGAGCGUCGAAAAAAAGCAAGACAGAUAAACGUAUCAACAGACGACUCCGAGGUACGUAGAACCCUUCGAGUCCUAGGUGAGCCGAUCUGUCUCUUCGGCGAGGGUCCAGCGGACCGUCGCGCUCGACUACGAGAGUUGCUAGCCAGCCGCGGGGAAGAUGUUAUAAAAAAGAAGCACGACGACGAUGACAAACCCGUCCGUCCCCUAGAACGUGAGAUGGAGACCACCUGGUACCAUGAAGGUCCAGAGUCUUUACAGAUAGCUCGCGCGUGGAUCGCUGAGUACUCUUUAAGGCGAGCGGGAGCGAGAUUGCAGCGUGCGAGGGAAGAUUUGGCGCUUCCAGGUGCCACCAGAACCGCGCACCAGCAGGAACUCCUCAGGAAGCUCCAGAGUUUGUCAACCUACUGCUCCCAAGUUGGAGACACGCGUCCCAUAUCUUCCUGCCAGUUCAGUCCGGACUCUAAAAUUCUUGCCACGUCUUCCUGGUCUGGAACCUGCAAGCUCUGGUCAGUUCCCGACUGCGGGCUCCUGAGGACGCUCAAUGGACACACCAGGUUGGCUGGGUGCAUAGUUUUCCAUCCCAAGGCUACCAUCUCCGAGGAAGUCGUCGGCCCGACUGCUGGCUCGACCUGCGUCCUGGCCAGCUGCGACGCCGACGGCAAGGUCAACCUCUGGGCAGGUGGUUCGGGGGACAAGCCUCUAGCUGACCUGGAGGGCCACGACAAACGCGUCUCCAGGAUUGCGUUUCAUCCCUCCGGAAGAUUCCUGGGCACUUGCUGCCACGACGCUUCCUGGAGGCUCUGGGACCUGGAGCAGCAGGAGGAAGUUCUUCACCAGGAAGGUCACGCGAAAGCUGUCCACUGCAUCAGCUUUCAGGUCGACGGGAGUGUUGCUGCUACUGGAGGCCAUGACGCGUUUGGCCGUGUCUGGGAUUUGAGGACCGGAAGGUGUAUCAUGUUCAUGGACGGACACUCCAAGAGCAUCUUCGGGAUUGAUUUUUCUCCAAACGGGUUUCAAAUUGUCACUGCCAGUGAUGAUAAUACUUGCAAAAUUUGGGACUUGAGGAAACGGACUUGCUUGUACUCGAUUCCCGCUCACACUAAUCUCCUUUCCGAUGUUAAGUUUCAGAAGGGCGAUGGACACUAUUUAGUGACUGCUUCUUAUGAUAACACUGCCAAGAUCUGGUCGAAUAAAACUUGGCAGCCGCUUAAGACUCUUCAAGGGCAUGAUGGUAAAGUUAUGGCGGUUGAUGUCUCCGCGGAUCAGAAGUAUAUUGCUACUAGCUCUUAUGAUAGAACGUUUAAACUCUGGGCUCCUGAGAAUUUGUAA